CUUGGUUUGGGAGAGGAGCUGCACACUGACUUCAGCUGUACUCAGGAGAACAGACAGGUUCUCCUUCAAAGGGGGAGGGGGAGAGGAAAAGCUAUUUAUUUAUUCCUAAAAAGAAAGGAGGUAGGAAAUUAAAAAGCUACUAUAGAGCUAGACAUACAUAUUUUAAAGAGAAGCAUGCUUUGGAAGACGCUGCUGCUGCUGCUGUUCUAUUACAGUGCUCAUGCCACUAUGACCCACAGAUGGAGCAGAGCUAUGCUUUUCCCAGCUGCUCAGCGAGUCAAGAGGACGUCAGCUGCCUUCCUUAGCCCAGUGCUACAAAACUCGCUGGAAGAUGUGGUCCUGCUUUAUGAGUUUCUUUUAGCUGAGCUUGACAUUGAUAAAGGCCAGAGGAUCUCCAUCAAAGAUGAGGAGCUCGCUUCACUCAGGAAGGCUGCUGAGUUUGACACCAUCUGCAAUGAAGUUAUUCCCAAGAGCAUCACAGAGAUCCACAGGCUUAGUAGCAGGCUGUCUUCCUACCCAAGGGUGCUCAAGAAAGAAGACUUUGAAAGGACAGUGCUGACUAUGGUCUACACGGCCUACAGGGCUGCUCAGUCCCAGGGGCACCAGAAAGACGUUUGGGCUAAAUCCUUUGUCAAUCUUUACAAAGCCCUGAAGCACGACUUGAUGUUCCCACACAACAAAGAGCCAUCACAGUGGGAGACUUGAUGCAAUGGCAACUCAGCCACCUUUUCUGGUUGAUACGGGACACAUGUAGCACGUCCACCACUUUAUUAUGUAAAGAGUUUAAUAGCCUGCUUCAUGAAAGAUUAUUUGUUUUCUAGCUCCCUCUUGUGGAAUCCACUUUAUAGUUCCAUGUAAAAUGCGGAAAAAUGUUCAGUCCUGGGAAUCUGAUUUUUAUGCUGCCUUGGAGGCACAUUCUGUGACAGGCAAAGAAGGGAUUCUGGUGUACACCCCAGACAGACAUGUUUUUGUUUCACCUUGUGGGUUUUCUGUAUAAGCAAUACAUAAGUAUACUAUGCUUAUGCUCACAUGUUUAUUGUGUAUGUGCUGGAGAAUGCUGCUUUCCUAGCUGGGGAAAAAAAGGUCAUAUUUUGGCUUGCCAGUAAAAGGAUAUUAUAAAAAGAUGCAAAGGCCCUCUAUAAAAGAAAGAGGUUUCAUAACUGUCAGCCUUCAGAAAUCAUGCCACAUAUUAUUCAUUCCAAAUACUUUUGUAAAUAAGCACUGUCUGAUUCACUUCAUUUGACUGAACCAGUUUUUAAUUGAAAUAACAUUUGCAGAAGUUGAAGGGCAUUGUGAACACCAGCAGCAAACAAUGCCUGUGCGCAUAUUCCCUGCUUCCUGGAGCCACCCUCCCCAACAGUCUGCAAUGAUUCUUUCAUUAUUUGCACAUGAAUUUGCUUUUGCUCCUUGUUUUUUGAAGACAACAUGUAUUUGUCCUCAGCGGAGGCAAAGGCAAAACAAAGGCCCUGUUUAGUUUAACAGUGACACAUUUUUCCUGAUUCUAUCACUUGAACAUAAGUCAUCUAAACCCAUUCUUCAGAAUCCCCCUGAGGCAAGGGAGGAAGGUGCAUUAAAACAUACCUGGUGCUGAAUUUAGCAGUGUCACUCAUUUUUAAAGGUAAAUACUAUAUUCACUGUAUAUAUGUGUGUGUAUGUUCAUGCAUGUGUGUGCACGUAAGUGCUGAGUACCUGGAAGAAUCCCAAACUGUUCAAUCAGGGAACAGUUGUAUCUGACCACUUAGCAGAAAAGGUCAUUCACCAGUCUAGUGGUGGGAAUUAUGAAUUUUGGAGCAGUGGAAAAGUAGUACUUGUUUACAGCAAAAAUUUUUGUAGAAAUAGUGCAACUUAUUAUUAUAAACUGCAAAAGAGACAUGGACAGAAAAUGAACAAAAAAGGAGGUAUAUCUUGUCAGGCAGAUGACUAGCAAUGACAAAUCCAAACUGUUCUAAAGCAAAUCCCCUAAUUUCUGUAAACAAGUUAUAUGAACUCUCUUUCUCUAUUGAUAUUAGAGGUGCUUCUACUUCCAGAGCGUAGGAAAACAGCUGAACAUAUUUUUCAUCCUUUCACACCAGCACUUUCUAUUUGCAUAAUAUCUUAAGGAGACAGGCCCAAAGCACAAAUCCCUGAGACUAUAAAAGAGAAUUGAGGAUUCCAGCCCCAGUUCUGAAUCACGUUUAACCGCUUUUGCAUUACUUGAGCAAAAAGAAUGAACUCUUCUGUGCCUUAACAGGGAUACUCCGAAAAAUGCUGAAAAAUUCCAUCCAGCACCACCUUGUUGCAGCAAACAGCAAAUAGUGCAGUCAGUCAGAGCACACUGGGUUUGGCAGUCACCCGUGGGAAUGUGGAACCACAGCAGAUUUAGGGGCAGGCUGGCAAUGGCCUAAGCAGCUGGACAAAGGGCUUAUAAUAGACAGUCAGUCCUGUUUCUCCCAGCAGUUUCUUUAUGUGUAUGCAUGAGUGCACAUGUUUGCCUUUAGAUGCACGUACGUGUGGGUACACUUUUAUACCUGAAGAUCUUUGUUGGCAAUCUUCAAAGCCUGGCUGGCAUAUGGCAAAGGAACCUGAAAACCUCACCCACAAAGCUAUGAGUCACAAGUACCUCUGUCUCCACUACUCACACACACAGCUCAGUGCCCACAAAGCAGCCUUGCCACAUGCUCUUUAAGCCUUCAGCAUUAACAGUGAUGAUCUGUUUGUGUUUUCUUCCCACACCAUGAUUUAUAAACACAUGGAGGGGAAACGCCAUGAGUGCACUCCUGCCUUUCCAUCUCUGCUUCUUGGCUUCCUGAAGCACCACUUGCCGGAAGAUCCUGGAACUAGGGCAAUUCAUAAAUUCCUUACAGCCAGUGACUCAAAGUCUGCAAAGAUAAACAAGAAAGAGCACUGCAGCAAGAUUAAUUGCUAGCAGUCAUCAUUCAGAGAAAUACCUCUCAGCCACUAUCUUCAUCCCACAACAGGACUGUCCAGCAGUCAGGAUUUAUGCAUCAGUAAGUAUGCCGUAGAAAAGAAUCACAGAUAAUUUUGAAUAUCCAAUGAUUUCCUGUGGCAUACAUACCUUAUUGUACCUUACAAAAUGGUAAUUGAAACCAUUAUCUCCUCAACAGAAAAUAAAGUUUUUCUGAGUUUGUUUCCUUCCUCCCAUUACUGUGUGUAGUGUAGGAAAAAGUUUUAUUCCUUAGGAAUGUGCUUGUAUUGCCCAGGUUAAUU